CGGAUCAGCCCUUGACUCUCCCAGCGGCGGGCCUCAGACCCCGACGCGGAAUCGGACUUUGUGUUUGGGGGCCCGUGCUCUGCCCUUCCUGGUUUCUAGCAAGUUCACACAGGAGCCGGAGUGCCUCUCUGCCCUCCAGCCUGCCUCACCAUGUCCAAGAUGCCGGCCAAGAAGAAGAGCUGCUUCCAGAUCACCAGUGUCACGACAGCCCAGGUGGCCACUAGCAUCACCGAGGACACCGAGAGCCUGGACGACCCGGACGAGUCACGCACCGAGGAUGUCUCUUCUGAGAUAUUCGACGUGUCUCGGGCCACGGAUUAUGGCCCUGAGGAGGUCUGCGAGCGUAGCUCCUCCGAAGAGACACUCAACAAUGUUGGGGAUGCGGAGACCCCCGGGACGGUCUCCCCAAACCUCCUCCUGGACGGGCAGUUGGCGGCCGCGGUGGCAGCCCCCGCCAACGGAGGAGGAGCCGUUUCGGCCCGGAGCGUGGCUGGGGCGCUGGCCAAUACUCUGGCGGCGGCUGCCACCUCAGUCCCCUCUUCAGGGGCACCUGGAGCCCCUCCGGCCUCGGGUUCAUCUGCGGGGCCAGGGACUGCAGCCCCAUCGCAGCCCCCCACCACUUGUAGUUCCCGUUUUCGCGUGAUCAAGCUGGACCACGGGAGCGGGGAGCCCUAUAGACGCGGUCGAUGGACGUGUAUGGAAUAUUACGAGCGGGAUUCCGACAGCAGCGUCCUGACCAGGUCCGGGGAUUGCAUUAGGCACAGCAAUACUUUUGACCAGACUGCGGAGCGGGACAGCGGCCUGGGCGCCACCGGAGGGUCGGUGGUGGUGGUAGUAGCCUCCAUGCAGGGGGCGCACGGGCCCGAGUCGGGAACUGACAGCUCCUUGACUGCUGUGUCACAGCUACCCCCGUCGGAGAAAAUGAGCCUGCCCACUCCGGCCUCGCUGCCGCCGCCCGUAGGUGGGGCUGUGGCUCCAGGGUCGGCUCCGAUGCCGCGGUUCCCGGGAGCCGUGGCCGGUCCGCCGCAAGUGAUGGCAGCCCCGCAGUCCUGCCAACCCCAGGGAACCAAUGGACAGAAUGUAACCCUUGCGCAGCCCGCCAUGUCCCUGCCUCCGCAGCCUGGCCCGGCCGCCAGCGCUUCUGCGACGCAGCAGCCCCAGCAGUUUGCGUAUCCUCAGCCUCAGAAUCCUCCGGGGCAUUUGCUGCCGGUCCAGCCAUCCGGUCCGAGUGAGUACCUGCAGCAGCACGUGGCCGGCCUGCAACCGCCGAGCCCUGCACAGCCGUCCGCCACCGGCGCAGCCGGAGCGAGCCCCGCCACGGUGGCCAACCUUCCCGUGGGCACUGGCCAGAAUGCCUCCUCGGGGGCUGCGCAGAUCUUGAGCUCCUCUUCCCUGCCUAGUGAAGCCGUGGCUCCGGGUCCGGGACCCGCGCCAGGUGGACAGGCCGCACCUUGUCAGCCAGCUGGAGUUCCCCCGGCCGCUCUAGGAGGCGUGGUGCAACCGGGCCUGGUUCCUACCGGGGCCGGGCAGCCCCAGUCCGCGCCUCCGCCUCAUAUGGGAGGCAGCGGUGCGCCGUCUGCCGGGCCUGGUGGCCCUCACGCCAUGGUGCCCGGAGUUUCAAACGUGCCUACCACUGUGCCCGCUCCAAGCGUGCCUAGUGUGUCUACCACUUCUGUUACUAUGCCAAAUGUACCCGCGCCCCUGGUCCAGUCGCAGCAGCUGAGCAGCCAUACUCCAGUCAGCAGGAGCGGCAGCAUAAUCCAGCAAGGGCUGUCCUUAGCGCAAGGUACACAAAGUGCACCAAGUCUACCACAGCCUGACUUAAGCCAGUUUCAGACUCAGACCCAGCCUUUAGUCGGGCAAGUUGACGAUACUAGAAGAAAAUCAGAACCCCUACCUCAACCACCACUUUCUCUCAUUGCUGAAAAUAAGCCUGUUGUGAAGCCUCCUGUUGCAGAUGCCCUGGCAAACCCCCUUCAGUUAACACCUAUGAACAGUCUGGCCACCUCUGUAUUCAGCAUAGCUAUUCCUGUUGAUGGUGAUGAAGACAGGAAUCCUUCAACUGCUUUCUACCAAGCGUUCCAUUUGAACACGUUUCAGGAAUCAAAGAACCUCUGGGAUAGUGCAUCUGGGGGAGGUGGUGUAGCCAUUGACAACAAAAUAGAACAAGCAAUGGAUUUGGUGAAAAGCCAUUUGAUGUAUGCAGUAAGAGAAGAAGUGGAAGUUCUAAAGGAACAAAUAAAAGAAUUAGUUGAAAGAAACUCUUUACUUGAACGAGAAAACGCACUGUUAAAAUCUCUUUCAAACAAUGAUCAAUUAUCCCAACUCCCAGCCCAACAGGCCAAUCCUGGUAGCACUUCUCAACAGCAAGCAGUGAUAGCACAGCCUCCGCAGCCAGCGCAACCUCCACAGCAGCCGACUGUCUCCUCAGCAUAAAGCUUUCUUGCUCAUUAAGAAAAAACUGAAAGCAGUCUAUCCUGUGUGCCACUGGUGUUCUUUCCACUUUAUACGAAAGCAAGUAGCCAUGCUUCGGUUGUGUGUUGGCCUUUCAGUAUUAGACAAUCAUUCUACAAGAGCUUUUCCUCUCUUUGAGAUGACAUGCAGCACUGUUGAUGUCCAGCUUUACGUCAUCAGUACACAGGAGAAUAAUAAUUGGGGUUUAUUAAAGCAAGCAAAGUCUGCCUUUUACCUGGUGGGCAAUGAGUGGGGUCUUCUAAGAGCUUUGGUGGCUCUUCCAUGUUUCUAUUACAUGGAUUUACCUGAGCCUUCCUAUCAUAUUAUAAAUAACAGUUCAUCUAAAGAGCCACUUUUCUUUCAAUAUCAGUAACAUUUGCCUAUAUAAGUUUUCAUUUAUUUGUGUUUUAUUAUUACAGGGCUGCUAUUUUCAUAAUGUACAUGAACAAUGUCACAGAACUUUUUUAAUUUUUUGAUAAUUAUAAGUAUCAGUAAAGGAAUUGAAAGACAGGAUCGCGUUUAAUAGAUAAACGUUUAGGCAAUAAUGAACAAAGAAUCCUGGCAUAUUUCUAACACUAAUGGCAAUUUACCUUCGGUAUUUAUUUUUAGUAGUGAAGACCCAGCUUGAAUGUAAAUUUUGUAUAGUGUAAAGUAUGAAGAACAUAGUGCAACUGUACAGGUAGUCACCAGUUAUUGUGAUAUAAUAAUAAUUGGGCUAUUUUGAUGAAGAAAACUUUGUUCAUUUGUUUCUACUUUCUAAUAGAAAAAUUGCCACGAUUCCUCUGCUUUUUGACAUUUCGUAUGACUUUUUUUUUGAGAGGGUGGGAAUAAAAGCUGUGAAAUUGUUUCAACCUACUUUGUAACCAAAGAAGCAAAGCUGUGUAAUGGAGUUUUUGUUUGUUUUUUUUUUUAUAUAUAUAAUGCACAUUCUUUAUGUAUUUUUUUUUUUUUUAGUGUUUUCUCGGUCACAAUUUUCUUUACUGUCUAGCAUGAUCUGCAUUGACCUAUACUCUUUGAACCACUUUCGUACCUCAUGUUUUUAUCCAGCACUCUUAUUGUAAUAUGUACUAGUCUGUGAACAAUGUCAAAUAAAAAAGAACGGACAGGGUAGUAUGGUGGAGCUGAACUAGUGUACAUAACACUAGUUGUAAAAUACAAAAAAAAAUGAAGGUGAGCCAUCUUUUGUUCAUUUAAAAUGGUGUUUGAAUUUCGUAUGCAGAAAACGUUUUGUGUUACAUUGCAGAUUUUAAUGUAUUUAAUAAAUGCAACUUGCAGAUAAAGUGCAGUGUAUCUGAGUAUUUAAAUUAAAAUGUACAUUUCAUAAAUACAGUUUCAAGAGAAAGCAUCAUUUUGUGUAUACUAACACUUAAGUGUAUAUGUCAGAAAUUGAUGUAUAAAUAUAUAUUUUAACACAUUUUCUGAAAUUAAACUGCAGUUUUGUUGAAAUAUUUGGCUCUAUAUGUGUUCAAAAUUUAAUUUGAUUAGAUUUGUACUUUUCACAGUUCAGAAAUACUCCUUAAAUGAAAACCCAUGUUAUUAAAGACUUAAUGAUAGUUCUUAAAUUUUCAAAGUAAAAUAAUUUAAAGAAUGCAAGAAUGGUGAGCAAUAUUCAUAUUAUGUCAAUGACAUUAAGUAGAAAACCUUUGUCUACCAAAAACUUACUUGAAUUCAGAAAGGUGCCUAUAGAGAUUAACAUGCUCUGUAUCUAUGGCCUGCUAGCUAAUCAGGAGUUAAUGUGAACCAAUAGUUAGGUUCUUCACAUUAAAGAGGAUAAAUAAGUAUUCUUCUUUAUCUAUUUAAAUAAAACUUAAUCAGAUUAGCCACAAACUAAAUGCAUAAAGUUGGGUAUAUGUGGGAUUGUCAACUAUUUUAUAAUUUUAGUUAUACUGCAGGAUAUAUUGUUCAGUAUAAACAAAUUUUAAUGUUAAUAGAUACAUUAGGAAUAGCUAAAGAAACUAAGUACUAGGCUUGAAAAAAGCAACCCUAAAAUGUGAGUAAGAUUUUAGGUAGAGCCACCACAGAUGAGAGUAAGCAAAAUUUCCAUGUUGGGAUGUUAACCAAAAUGCUCACUAGUUGUGCCCCUCAAGUGCCAACAACAUGAUAUUUAAUACAGGUGUAGGAAAAAUUAGUAUUAGAAAAGGUAGGAAUUUGUGAAAAUACAACUUUGGGUUCUGGUGAUAGAAAAACACUAUAAACAUAAAAGUAACAGACACAAAGAAAAUGAUUGUUAAAGUAAUUAAAAGAAAUUCUUUUACAUUUUAAAAAAAAAAAAACAGAAAAGAGGAAACAAGGAUAGGCCACAGAAGAAAUGGUGGUUUCUAAAGGUCCCGCCUUUAGUAACCUAAAAGAUGCAAAUCAAUAUUAAGAAAAUUCUUAUUUGUCUUUUAAAUAGUGGAACCUGAUAUAGAAAGGCAAGCUUUUCUGUGUCCUUCUAGAAAGCAAUUUGGCAAUGUGUAUCGAGCCUUAAAUAUUAACACACUUUUCAGUUUAAUGACAUGAGAAGAUAACUCAUGGUGCAAUGUUCAAAAAUGCAAAAUUAUAAUAGUACCUAUCUACUGCUCUUAUCCUUCCCUUUUUCCCUUUGAACUUGACCUUCCCUUAUAUACACCCCCCAAAAUAACUGAAAGGUUGCCUUUACAUCCUACUCUCAUAAGGUGUGCUCUAACUCCAAAGUGAGGGCCAAACUUAAGGGUGCAAAAGCUAUUGCAUUUUUCAGCAUCAGAUACACUAUAUUUGGAAACCUCAAACAUUCUGCCAAUUGAUUAGUUUCUUUAAUUUCAGUUUUACCUCAGAAAUCUAGGGUCUUUGCUCCACGUGGCUGGAAUAAUAAUUUAUUGAGAUGCCAGUUUCAGGGCAUAGUCUUUCUUAUAGGAAUGCCAUCUAAAAUUUUCUCAGUGUAAUGCCCAUAGAUCAGGGUGCCACUUAAGAUUUUUGUUAGUUUAUUUUAGCCAACUAGAAAAUCAUAGAACAUUUUGUUUCCAAUAUGGUAAUAUAUCUUUAAUACAAGCCUAACUUUCCCCAAAGAAAAUUUAUUUUCAGUAGUUACAAUGUGAUUUUACAGCUUACUGCACACACCCUUUGGAUAUUAAAUAUGCAUUUACUUAACUAAUAUAUGUCCAAAAUAGCUGGAUAUUUCCACUGUUUUUUCCAAAGUUCUACACUAAGUAGGAAUAUUAAGACAAGAAUGCUUUAUCAUCAAGCAUACAGUAAUGGAUAAUAAUAACUGCCAUUAUUCACAAAGAAUUGUAGGUCAAAGAUUUUGGUACUUAUUACAAGUUCCAAACUCUAGCCACUCCAGGACCUUUAAAAAAGGGGGCAGUGGUCCUUAAGAUUAGAAUACCCAAAAUACCUGGUCUUCAUGGAAAUAUACAUUUGUAGAACCAGAAAUAGCUAAUUUUCUGUAAACAUUUUAAGACAAUCUAAAGUCAUUUUUAAGGCAGCUUUAUAGUUCAGUGGCACAAACUUGGUGACAUGACUGCAGUCUCUUAAAAAAUUCUAAAAAGGACAAAACCCAGCCCUCCAGAUAACAGUUUAAUCAAGGAUGUAAGGAAAUCAUUGAUACAAUGUAAUAAUGAUAAAGAUACGUAGUCAAGAAUGGCUUUGUCAAGGAAGGUUUCCUCAAGAGAUGACACAGGUCAUAAGUUAAGGAAACUGCUCAAAAUUUUAAAGGAGAGUACAAAGCUUGGUUAGCCACAGAUUUGUUUCAUGGGUACAGGCAAAGAUUACCUCACCCACCUUAGUUGUUUGGUUUCUAUCCAUUCAGAAGGUAAUGACUUACGAAUGAUUUUAAGCAGUGGGAUUGUGAUCAAAUUUGCAUUUUGGAAAAGUUAAUCACUACAGUGGCAAAUGUGAGGGAGAUUGGGAGCUGAAACUGGAAGCUAAGAAUUAAUUGAUAAGGACAAUAAUAAUCCUGAAAAGAAAUGAUGAAUACAUGAGAUUACAUAGACAAUCUGUGAUGCUCAUGAAGGAAGUCUGUCUUGGGUCUUUCUGUACCAUUUUGGCCUCCACAAUGAACACUCCAUUCCCAACAUCAGAUGUCCUGGUCUUUCUUGCUCCAAGGAAAGAUCAGAGAGCUGCAAGUCUUAGCCUGACUCAGACUUUUCCUUCCAACAGUCAUAGGUCUCUAAGAAAUUAAAAUCUUAGUUUUCUGUUAAAGAAAGUUCAAGAAUUUAGCAAAAGGGAAUGAGUAGGAGUGGAAAAUAGAGGGUCCUUCUCUGUCACUAUAAAUUCAGCCACGAAGGUAAGCUAAAUUUAGUCCUUUUAUGGUGACUAGGAUUAGAGUGGCCUGGAAGCUUCUCAGAGCUAUCCCUUUCUCCCCAGAAAGGGUAAUGUGAGUUCUAGCCCCAUUGUAGGUACUGACAACCCAUGUCAGAGUAGGUUUUGCUAGGUUUCAUUCAACCUUUCGUUCUUCGCCACUGUUUCUUUCCUUCUGUUCACAAAGUUUCUUUCCUUCAAGGCCCUCACCUAAGUGAAACUGGAUCUUUUCUCCCACCUCCUCCUGCCUCAAGCCUACUAAUCCAUCCCUCUAUUUUCUAGCAAUACUAAUACUUUGUUAUUUAGUCAUGUAUAUUUUUGCCCUAUUUUUUCGUUCUCAACAUUCCAGAAUGCACCCAUUUCAUAUAUGUCUUUAUCAGGUCACAGAAGUUCUGUAAUAGGAUCUAUUCUCUGAAUGCAUAUAUUUCCUUUGUCAGUGGAGAGAUGACUGUACAGUGCUAUUUAACAGUUUCCUUAGUGGGCUACAAUUGGUAUUAUGUGCUGUGUUCACAAGUAAAAAAGGCUAAGUGAGGCACUAUGCAAAGCAAGCUAAAAGUCAGACAUUUUUUUAACAGAAUCAUCAUAAAAUAAAGACAGCCUUUUAAAAUUGGUAAUGGUAAAGUAAGAAAUGAAUUUUGCAAUGGCAUAGUCUACUUAGUCACAGAAUUUGUUUAACGUACUUAGAUGGUGGUUUAGCUUUAUAGUGUCUCUCCUCACCAGGGAAACUGAUAGAUUAGGCAGUUUGGGAAAUUUUCCCAUGGCCUGAUGUCAUGUGUUGAGCUAUAGAAAACACAGCAUCUAAGUUUAUGGACCAAGACAUUGUCUACAGAAGGGAAAGUUAUCCCAUUGAAAGAGGGGAGAAAAAGGUGUGCUAGGUUGUUCCUUAAAAAUAACUGAGGCAAAUGCCAGACUUCUUUCUCAUUAAAAAAAGCUGAGUUUAUCUUUCCGUUUCAUUCUUUUACAUGCCUAAAAUAUUUCUGUAUAAUGACUGUAAAGUAUUCUCACCCACUGCAAUCUAGAAAUCUUAAACUUUCUCCAGAUCACAGUUAUUGCCGUCAUUUUACAAGCAUGCAACACAUCUAUUGAUAAAUUGUACCUGAACAAGUCCACAGAAAGCAAGGACCAUUUUCCCCAUAACUGGGCAUGAAAUAUUAUAAUAUCAGAUCAAGUUAUAAUUCUAGUAUUUCUACUAAAAAUGCAUAUAUAAUUUAAUGAGGUGGCAAAUGGACAGAAAAAAUACAUGUAACAUUGUAAAGUCUCUAAAAGAAAGGUUUUGUUUUCAAGAAGUUUGGCUUUUACUUUUUAUCUUAUAGAAACUGUUGAAAUGCAAUUGAAUUCUAUUUCUAUUCUGGUGCUGCACACUAUGCUAUGUGUUUGGGGAUAGAAAGAUGAAUGGGACAUGAUUGGUGCACUUCAGGAGCUCAUAGUCCAAUAUAAAAAGUAAAAGCUGAAGUGCCAUUUUAUUUAUUCGAAAUAUAUGUCAUAGUUUAUGGCCCUCAUAUCAUUUGUUGAAUGAAAGGUUCAUAUAAAUCAACAGUAAAAUUGUCAUAAUGCCACGUGAAACUUUUACUUGCCUGAAAACAACUCUAAAUCACCACAAAUAUUUAACAUCAAAUAGGGCUUUUAGAAAGAGGCGACCUGGUGGAAAGCCUUCCCAUCUUUUCUUUGAACCUAUGAGGUGUCUCCUGAAAAAAAAGAAACCAAUCUAAGGGAGAAGCUUAUACAUUUUUUAACCCAAGUUUGUAGAGAGUGAAACUGAUCUAAAUCAAACUUAACUAGAAUUAACUAGAAUGAUGCUAUGAACUGUAUCAUCUAUUGUCUCAUUAGCAACACAUUUCCUUGACUGACAACAUCUACCAUUCAAUGAACCAAGGUAAGAAUAGCUCAGGUGCCUGAUGCCAAAAUUAAAUCUGGUAGCUGGGAAUCUGGAA